AUGUCCGGGGAAAACCCAGCAACAGCAGCAGAGGAUCCACCUCCAUUGGCGAAUGGAGAAUCUGCUGUUUCAGAUAAGAAUGAUGCUGAGAAGUAUGGCUCUGAAGAGAGGAGGGAAGUGGCGGUGACUAGCAAUGAUGCCUAUGAAGUGAAGAGUGGCUGUGAAAUUGGCACAGAGCGCGCGGCAGAUGAGGGCGCAAAUAUUGUGGAGACCGAUGAUACCAACGAAGCCAAUUCAGGUUCUGCUAAUGUGGUUGGCGCUGUGGAUGUUAAAAUGGUUGACACAUGGCAUGAAGCCAUAAUUGAAGCUGUGGAUGUUAAAAUGGUUGAGACACAGCGUGAAGCCAAUAUUGAAGAUGUGGAUGUUAAAAUGAUCGAGACACAGCAUGAAGCCAGUCUUGAAGCUGUGGAUGUUAGAAUUGUCGAGACACAGCAUGAAGUCAGUUUUGAAGCUGUGGAUGUUAAAAUGGUUGAGACACAGCAUGGAGCAAAUAUUGAAGUUGUGGAUGUUAAAAUGGUCGAGACAAAGCAUGAAGCCAAUAUUGAAGUUGAGGAUGUGAAAAUGGUUGACACAAAACAUGAAGCCGUUAUUGACGUUGAGGUUGUGAAAAUGGUUGAUACGCAACACGAAGCCAACAUUGAAGCUAAGGAUGUGAAAAUGGUUGACACACAGCAUGAAGCCAAUAUUGAUGCUGGGGAAGAUGCGUGUCAAGUUAAGGAGGGACUGAAUGGCGAUAAUCAGUAUGCCAAGGCAUCAGAAGGUGAGGACACCAAGAUGAUUGAAGCAAAGGCUGAUACUAGGAAUUCCGAGGCACAAGAAAAUAGGAAGCCAGAAAAGGAAGGCAAUGCAGAAGAGAAGACAAAUCAUGCCAAUGGCAUUGAAAUGGCUGAGAAGGAAGAUGUGUGUCAAAAGGAAGAUAAGGAGGGAAUGAAUGAGGACAGUCAGGAUGCCAAGGUAGCUGAAGCUGACGAAAUGAACAUGGUCGAAGCAAAGGUUGAUGCUAGAAAUGCAGGGGCUCAAGGAAAUGGGAAGAAGGAAGAAAUGGAGGACAAGAUGGAAGAGAAGGGAAACAAUGCCAAUGUUGAAGAUGAUGUGAAAACUUUUGGCAACGAAGAUGCAUGCCAGAAGAAAGUCAAGGAGGGAAAUAAUGAGGAUAGGCAAGAUGCCAGGGCAUCAGAAGGUGAUGAAAUCAAGAUGGUUGAAGCAAAGACUGAUGGAAAUGCUGAGGUAGAAGGAAAUGAGAAGAAGGAAGACAAAGCUGGCCAGACUGAAGAGAAGAAAAAUAAUGCCAGUAUUGAAACCGAGGAGUUAAAAGUGCCUGACAAGGAAUAUACAUGUGAAGAGGAAGAUAAAAAUUUAAAGAACGAGGGUAUUCAAGAUGGCAAGGCAGCAGAUGGUGAGGACAUGAGGAGUGUUGAAGGAAAGACUGAUGCUGAAAUUGCAGAGGUAAUAGAAAGUAGGAAAAAUGGAGAAGUGGAGUUCAAGGCUGAACAGAAGAAAAAUGAUGCCAAUAUUGAAGCCGAGAAUGUGAUUAUGGUUGACAGGGAAAAUGCAUGUCAGACAGAAGAUAAGGUGAGAAAAAAUGAUGAUAGUCAGGAUGCCAACCCAGCAGAAUGUGAGGACAUCAAGACGGUUGAAGCAAAGAGUGAUGCUGGAAAUGCAGCGGUAAAGGAAAAUGAGAGGAAGGAAACAAAGGAGGAGCAUAAUGAAGAAAAGGAAAAUGUUGUCAAUGUUCAAGCUGAUGAUGUGAAAAUUGCCGACAAGGAAGAUGCAUGUCGGAAGGAAGACAAGGAAAGAAAGACUGAGGAUAGUCACGGCGCCAAGGCAGCAGAAGGCGGGGAAACUAUGAUGGCUGAAUCAAAGUCUGCGGCUGUACAUGCAGAGGUUAAAGAAAAUGGACAGAAGGAAGAAGGUGGGAACGAGACUGAAGAGAAACAAAUCAUAUGCAUGGAGAAACAAGACGAAGAUAAGAUGGCGCCAGCAGAAGUAGAUAAACUAGAACUGGACAAUAGAGAACAGAUUGGCGUGGAAAUGCAGGAUGGGUUGAAAGAGGAAGAAAAAAGUGGUUUUGAUAAGCAUGAAGUGAGUGAUAGAGAAGAAAGUGUCGAGGAGAGUCAGCAGGAAUUGAAAGGGGAGGCAAAAGGUAAUGUGGGCAAGCGAGAAGUGGAUGAUAGAGAACAAAAUACCAAGGAGAAGCAGGACGGAUUGGAAGAGGUAGAAAGAGUUCUUUCUGGCAAGGAUGAGGCAGCAAAAAAUGAACAAGAGGGAGCUGCUGAGGAGCAAGAGGGAGAGAAAUGGGACGGAAAUGUGGCUGCUGAGAAGGAAGAGGAAGAGGAAGAGGAAGAGGAAGAGGAAGAGGAAGAGGAAGUGAACGAAAACGUAACUUCUGAGAAGAAUGAAGUGGGUGUGAUCGAAAGGGGAGUUUCUGAGAAGGAUGAGGAAAUGGAAACAAAGGGAAACACUACUGCUGAUAAACAAGAGGGAAAGAAAGAUAAUCAAAUAGAUGAUAUAUGUAAACACGAGGGACAAAAUAAAGGGACCAAAAGAGCAAAUGCUGACAUAGAAGAGGCAGAAAAUGGAAGCGUGUCUAAUAAAAAAGAGAAGGAUGGCGAGGCGACAGUGGAACAAGGUGGCGAGUCAGACAAGAACGUGGAAGAGAAUAAGAAUGGAGAACCAAAGAGCAAGAAGGCAAGGAUUGUUUUAGAAAAGGACCAUGGAAAGGAUAAGAAACAAGAUGGUUCUAGGAAAACAGUGGAGAGGUUGGUUGAAGUGAUUGAGAAGGAGCCGCUUAUUGUUGAGAAGUUCUUGAAGAGAAUAUCAAAUAAACAACCUUCCGAGCUUAAGCUUCUCCAUCAAAUCCUUUUUGGGAGGUUGGGAAAGGCUGUUGAUUUCAAAAGCCAUAUACUUGAGUUCUCUGGAUUUCUGUGGCAUGAGAGUGAUGAAAAGCAUAGAGCCAAGGCCAAGGAGAAGCUUGACAAAUGUUCGAUAGAAACAUUAUUGGAUCUCUGCAAUCUGCUUGUUAUUCCAGUUUCAAGGGAUGACAUUGUGGCGAAGCUGCUGGAUUUCAUUGCUGAGCCCCGCGCUAAGGAUGAUUCUACACUUUCUGAUGAUCAGGGAUCAAAUUCUAGGAAGCGCAAACGAGAGGUGGGCAGUGCAACUAAGAAUCCAGAAGUCACACACAAGAGAUCUAGGAAGAAACUUGAUGAUGAACAUACUUCACGUAAAAGGUGGCAAAAAUAUUCCGAGUCAGAAUCUGAUGAAGAUGCUGAAGAAGGGCAUGAAGAGGAUGAUCACAUGAAGUCUGAUAGUGAGGAAAACAAAGAUGAUGGUGAAGAAGUUGAUAGUGAGCAGGAAGAUAGAUAUGGCCGGCGAAAAGUAAAGGCAGGUAAGAAGUCUGUAGAUGGAAAAGGAUCUACAGCUAAAACUAAAAGGAAGGCGAUCACAGGGAUUUCUCCAAAUACAGCUCCUAUAGCUACAUUGAGCAAGUGUUCGAGCAGAGUUUCAUCAUCGCCGAAAAGUUCUAAGGAUAAGCAGAGGUCUGCUGUGGAUUUAAGCGUUGUCUCUAGAAAGAGUAAACCCAUUACACCAAAGCACACAACAAAUUCUGAAAAAGAGACCAAUGAAAGAAGAUCAUCAGGCAAAGGGUCAACAAGUAAAGGGAAAUCAGCAGAAGCAGAACAAGCUCUUCCCAGCAAGGAUGAACUGCAAAAAACUAUUGUUCAACUUCUUAAGAAGGUCGACUUUGACAAUGUUACCUUCAGUGACAUUCUUAAGAUGCUCGAUAAGCGCUACAAGAUGGACGUAUCUUCAAUGAAAGAUACUGUGAAGUCCAUAAUUCUUGAUGAGCUGGUCAAGUUAGCGGAGGCAGACGAGGACUAA